ACGUAAAAUAAACACUACAGUAUUUUUGGUUAUUAAAGAUUAAACAUUGCAUUCGGAUUUGUGGUCUGCAUUUUCAUGGUUAAAAGCAAUAAAACUACAAUUUCAAAUAAGAAACAUGAAGACAGAGAGUUGGCUUCAAAAACUGCAUUUGAAAGCACAUCAGUGGAAAUACAGUCAUCACAUACGAUGAUCCUUCUUCUUGCUAGCAAAGAAGAUUUUGUAAUUCUUAAGGCACUGUUUACUUUAGAUAAAUAUGCAUCAAAAAUGGAACAAAAUGCAAGAGUCCUUUAUGAGGAGGGAAUUUUAACAUUACUCCUUCCACUGCUCAACCACUCAGAACUCUUUGUCAAACGAUUUGCCACUAAACUGUUGAGUGAAAUGAACUUUUUACCUCCAGUAACAGAAAUUUUGUUACAGGAAAAGUUUGUUUCACCCAUCAUGAAUAUGAUUAACUUAAUUGAAGAUUUUGUUGUAAAGGAGUUUUCAUUAUGCAUGAUAGCGGAAUUGACAAGAUCGAAAGCUGGACUUUCUCAACUUCUGGAAACAAACCUGAUCCACAUUUUACUUCCUUUAUUAGCCUCUCCAGAUCCAGACAUUAAGAAGAAUUCCCUACAAAUUAUCUACAACAUAAUCCAAGACCCUCAUGAUCACUCAGUAAUUACCAGUUUACCAGAGUUCACCAUAAAACCACUGAUAGAUUUAUUAAUGAGUGAGUACGUAGCCAUACAAAACUUGUCACUUGAUGUCCUUAACAUAUUGACUCAACACAGAAAAGAUAACAAACUUUCAAAAGAUUUUCAAGAUGCAGGAGGGGUUCUGAAGAUUUUGUCAAUUUUAAAGAACUUUGAGUGGAAAGAUGUACAUGGUAAAUGCCUGGAUGUGUUGGGAAAUAUUUACGAUGAUCCAAAUAUUGCCCAGAAUUUUCUGAAAGAUGGAGUCCUGCAGUUGUUUUCUUACAUGGACUUUGUAAAUGACCUGUACCUGAGAAGAAAGGCAAUAGAAGUAAUUGCCAAGGUCACUAAUACACGUCUUGGAAGAAAGGUGCUGGUUGAGAGUGGUUUGAUAUCCAAGCUGGUCAGUAUGGUACAGGAGCAGGGCGUAGGGCUGGCAGCUGCAGUGUGCCAAUGUGUGGCAGGGCUCACCCAGGACUAUCAGGCGCUUCAACAGAUGUUAGAACAGGACAUUGUGAGGGAACUGCUCAUUGUCAUGGCUGACCCAGACAGAGCUUGGGAUUCUCGGACCGCUGCCACUCGAGCCCUCUUUGAGAUUCUACAGCGUGAUGUUGACUCUUGUAAUUUUGUUGUGGAAUCUGAGAUGAAGGAUGUAUUCGAAUCUAUUUUAAGCCAGUAUGAUGAGAAGAUGCCAGCACUUGCUUUGAUCAUGACCUGCAACUGCAUCACAGUCCUUGGAAGUCAUCCUGCCACCAGAAAGAAAGUUGUAAGCCCCAGCUUGAUAUCUUCUCUUCUUGGCUGUUUCAGAGAGCUGCCAGAAGACACAAUGCCUCUGAAGUUAUCAGCAUGUGAAGCGUUGUGCGGCCUGCUAUCGGAGCCAGAGACCCGUCACUAUCUACGAGCACUCAAUGGCUUGGAAACCGUCUGGUCUGCCGUGACCCAACGGCCCAACAAUAUUCAGUUCUUGCAGUCAGCUGCCACUUUCCUUCACCUGUGUGUGACCAAUGACAAAGGCUUCACUGCCACCUUGCUCCGGUUGAAUGCCCUCAACUGGUUGUUGUCACAAGGAGGCCUCAGAAAUGAAUGUCCAGCUUGGGAAGUCGCACUGGAGACGAUUUUAAACAAGUUCUUACCCAUCAAGUUUGCGAUGACUGGGCGACUUGAUCUAACUGAUAUUACUGACUCAAACUUUUACAUAACGAAAUUGAGCUUAACACGGAAUCAGUUGGAUAAAAAUCAAUUUCCGAUACUGGAAUAUUUCAUAGUAAACAACUGUUGCCCAAUUCAAAUUCUGUAUGUAGCAAACUUUGAAGAAAACUAUAGGUUGUCAAGUUCUGGAUCAUUAACAUCAAAAAGGACAGCCUCUACUAAAAGUAUAUUGAGUAAAAAUGAAAGUGUUCUCUCAAUGACUAACUCUUAUAAGUGUGAGAAAUUCAGGUACGUUGAUGUUUACUUGCAGGAGUACAUUGAAACUAUGAAAACAAUACUUAAUAAAAAUGGGUUUUUGAGUAUUGAGUCAGACAGAAAAGACAGUGUUGUGGAUGGAGACACUAUUAAAAAAAAGACAUUACUGAUAGGAGAAUUUGUAGCUAAACAAAUGGGUGGUACAGAUAGAUUUGAACGUUGCUCGAUACAUAAUCUUGACUUGCACGUGAAUGAGCUGAAAGUGGAAAUAAUGAAUAGUAUCAUUCCUGUGGGCUGGAUGAGGGUAGGGCUUCACCUGGAGAGAGCUUUUCUGUUCAAGGUGUUGGCGGACCAGGUGGGUCUGCCCGCUGCACUAGUGAGGGGCCAAUACCACCAGCGGGGGUGGGUAGAAAUAGCAGUCCCCUGCAUUCCUCCAGCCCCUCGCCCAGCCUACCCCCAUCACCUGCUUAGACCCAGCCACGUAGUGGAUCUCAUGGCAUCCCCAGUAACCCUGUAUCCUCUCAACUCCUAUGAAGCCAGUGUCUAUUGUGGAUUGGUUUGAACUAUUUUUUGUUCAUAUCAAACAAUAUUUAUUCAAAACUGGUAGAUGCAUUUCCAUAAAAUUCUUAAAAAAGACUUACAAAAAUAGUGUUUAUAAACUGUGAAGAUUUAUUUGUAAUAGUAAAACGUUUUUGUUGUUCCUGUGUUUGAAUAUUUCAUAUGGUUUCUCAGUAAAUAAAUUGAUGAAAUCAGAUUAAAUUAAA